AUGUCGCAACAGUCAAAUGACUUCCACCCACCCCCUUCUGUAGUCACAAAUUCCGAUUCGUCACACGCAAGCACUCCGUCGCGUCAACCUGAAGCUUAUGGCGGGGCCGGUCGACAAAAAGACACGCAAAUGAACGAGGGUCGAGCAAGCGGCGAGCUGGAAGGCAGCACCCUCGGGAGCAGCUCUCGCGAUGGCGAGCGGGGAGGAACUCGGGGACAGCGGAGGAUGGGCUCAAGUAGCUUCUUGUUAGAUUCGUCUUUCUUACACAAGUCGAAGAGUCUGAGAGCUAGUCAGCAUCAGCGUCCACGGCGCUCCGAACCCGAUCGCAAAGAGAAGCGGAAGCCGCCAGAGGCCGAGAACAACGUUUCGAGAAAGAAAUCGCGCCUUCCUUGGAGUCGCUAUCGUCAAUCAUUAGAAGAGUCGCUGUCGGAGACUGUCGAUACUGGUUUACGAGCUGUCCGUGAGGAUCCUCAACCGUCGAAUGCCGCGCGCGAAGAAGAACCGCAUAAUGAGCCAGAUAGCACUCAGGGAGAAGCAAAUCAGGGUGAGGCAAACCGGGGCUCCAUAGGCCUCGACCAGGACUCUAUUGAUAUUGUGAACCUGGCUUUGAACCUGAAUGAGUCGAGGCGGAGAGGCAACAUUGGUCGUUCAGCAUCUCAUCGGGUUUCUGGGGGAGCUUGGACAGCUAGACAGCCGCCUGUCCACUAUACUGAUAGUGAUGUGCCGGCUGUUGUGAGAGCUGGUCUGGAGAAUCGCAGUCGAACCCAAGGACGUCGUAGCUUCACUCAUUCGUUUGCCGACGCUCGUCCUCGGCCUCUGGACUCAUACGCGCAGCAAUCCCCCGUCAAUGAGCAGUUGUCCGUUUCCAACCUUCUACCCGAUACAGUCAAUGACGGCUCCCUGCCGCAUGAAAUCUCGGAGAGUACACUUGCUAGGGUUGACAAAGCACGCCGUCACUUUGAAUUGUUCAACGAGUAUCUACGCUUACUUCCGUCGCUCCCCCCUUUGAGAAGCCAUGCCGCUGCGGACAGUGGCCAUGAGUCAACUCGCGUGCACAAUCCCCUUCAGACUAUUCGCAAUCGAAAGGUUAGAUACCGUGAGAAGUGCCCAAUCAAUGUCGAGAGAGAGGGUUGGGAUGAUGUCGCAACGGUCCAUGAGUGGGUCAACAUAGUCGAGCAGCAAUACGGCCAUCAAUCGCAUCAACCCAACGAAUGCUUGGAACUUCCGCGGCUAGGUCAAAGAACCUCUCGGGCCCCCCAAGGCGAACACGACGAUGCGGAAUUAUCCGCUAUCAUAUCUCCUUCUGAUAGUGCGGGACCAGGAAGGCGCUCGAGUAGCGCCAAGGCGCGAAGGCCGAGAUUCGAUUGGGUUGUCUCAUCAGCUGAGCUACUGGCCGACGCCGCAUGGGUCGAAGAUGGGUUGAACAAGAGUAAAAUGACUGACAAAGACGGAAACAGCCUCUACCCAGAUCCAAUGGAGCUGCUUUCCUCAGAUACCAAUUUCGAUUCUUCUAGCGUCCAGCGUGCGUCACUGUCAGGAAAGAGAGUAUCCUUGGAUGUUCCUUCUCGAACAUCAUUUUCAGAUCGGGGCGUGUCCCACGAUAUACAGGGUGUUGGUCGCGGGAGAUCGCGGAAUAGAUUCCAAAGUCCAUCUAGUCCCAUUCACAGCAGCAGUGCCUCGGCGAAGGCCGGAAAACUUGAGCGGCGGUCCCGCAGUUCCAGCAUUUCCAUGGGCGCUGGAUUUUCUGAAAGAUCGGGAUUCUCCAGUGCUUUGUCCACGAAUGUUAGGUCGACGCAGGACCCCGACUCGCCGCUGCAUCGACCGGAGAAGGGCUCUACAUGGGCAAGCGCAGAUGAGAAACGACCUUCCAUAUCAUCAGCAGCGAGCACGGAUGAUCGAUGUCGAAUGUCCCUAGACGCCAUGCAGGGCACUGCCUCUAAUUCUCCUAUGCGUCCUGGUCCCUUUCCCAGCAUCGCAGUUAAUCUUUCUCCUCAAACGAGCCGUUCGCCCUCGCCGCCAUCCAAGAAGCGGUUGUCUCGGAAGAUCGCUGCUCGUCGCGAGCGGAGUAAGAGCAAGAACCGUGCUAGGGAACAGUAUGAGGAUCUUCCUUUAGAUUCCCAGUUUUUGCGCAAGCACCCAUCACCCGCCUAUCUGGAUGUUACAACUCCUUCGGGCACCGAUCGCUCUGAACAGCUUGAGACAAGCGCUCUCCCAGACCAGGUCUCCUCACCUCACCAGGAUGAUCGACCAAUGGAUGAUACGCAAGGGCAGAAGGGAACCGGUCAACACGAGUCUAAACUUCGCGGCAUAUUCAAAGGAAAGGGAAAGGUUACGGCAAAGGUUGGCAACGAAGUCUCAAAAAUGGGCAACUUUAUCUUGAAAAAAGAUCAUCCGGCACACUCUCGUCAGUCGUCAUUCGCAACCAGUGCAGCAUCCGAUGAUGCCGAUCUUGAAACAGUGAAUGCCGGCAAGAGUGUCAAUCCGAAGGGCUUCUUACGCCGUUUCCCAACCCUGUCUGACGACAAUGGCCGAUUUGCUCGCAAAGAUCCGGAGAAAGAUGCCAAAGCUCAUGUGCCUCCUAUACCGCCUUUCACAUCACUUCCGGAGAAUGGCCACGAUGAACAGCGAGAAACAUCUGAUCUUGAAUAUGCUCGUGAUACGAGGGAAGUGCACAAGGUCGAUGACAUUCAAGCUGCUCAACCAGGCAAGUUUGGCACCCACGUUUCCGUGGAUCCCAACGAGAACUCUGGCAUUGGACCUCCAUUGCGCAACGUCCAGGAACAGAGUAAGAAAAAGCAAAUCAAGGAUCCUUCUGUUCCUUUUAGUAUGACCCGGCCACCCGUCACUGGUCUUGCGCAGGCAGAGGCAUCUGCGCCACCAUCUGCUCAGAGCAAACGUCCAACCUUAUCGGGUACCUGGACGAUUUCAGACCGCAGCAUUCCUACCUUGGCCGAUCUUGGUGUAUCCGAGAAGCGGGAAAUUGAACGCACACGAGCUCUUCUCUUGUCUUCGGGGAUCAAAGCACGAGAGAUCACACGCCGUGCAGAAACUGUUCGCGAUCCUCCGCCCGAAUUCCUCACAAAUACGAUGGAUAACGCUUGUGCUUUUCCACGGGUGACUCGACUACGGGAAUUCGACCUUGCGGCUCAGAACCUACAGCGAAGAUUUGAAAAGACACAGCUCCAAUUUCAACAAUCGAUGGACCGCUUUCCAAAUGAGACUGUGUCGCCUCUAAAAUCGCGAUUGAGCAACCUGGAAAAUCUGGUUAGCCAUUCGCUCACGCCUCGGGUUCAGGCAGUGGCAUCCGACGCCGAAGGCUUGAGCAUUCAGUUGAAUACCACGAGCACGCUGGCUCUGAAGCAGCUAAGUGAUACACUGGACAAGGGCGUCAGAAAGCGUCGCCGGCGGUUACGCUGGGUGAGACGUGCUGGCUUUGUGAUGCUCGAAUGGGCUCUCGUGGGCAUGCUCUGGUGGGUGUGGUUGAUUGUCAUGGCCUUCAAGGUGCUUCGGAGUGCUUUCCGCGGUGCUAUCUCAGGGGUCCGAUGGGUCCUAUGGCUAUGA